GUUCUAGUUCGAGCAGAGAGAUAGGUUGCCGCAAUCCCGCCGAGUCAUGGUUCUCUCUUCGCUUGAAGACGGCCCGCGUUCUCACAAAACCGCCUUCCUCCAAAAGCUCUUCGACUUCGGUCUCGGUGUCCUGAUCGUUGGAAUGGUGCUCACCUUCUUCCCUGGAUUCGCUUCAGCCGCCGCCACCCCUGGUUUCCCUCCUGAAGCCGAAGGUGGGAAUGCAGGGGAGGCAGCAGAAACUCUGCUGAAAUGGAAAUCCGCUCUCGACGAUCAAAGCCGAUCUCUCCUGUCGUCGUGGCAGGGCGGGGAUGCUUGCUCCAGGAACUGGACAGGAGUCACCUGUGACAGUCCAGGAGUCGUCACUGGUCUAAAUCUUUCGAGCAUGGGCCUGAGAGGUAUGCUUGGUGCUCUCAAUUUCACCGCUCUUCCUCAUCUACUUAACCUGGACCUGUCGAACAACUCCUUUCGGGGCCCUAUUCCUUCAUCCAUCGGAAACCUCUCCAGACUAUCCACCCUUAAUCUCUCAGUCAACUCUCUCUCCCAGAGCAUUCCUUCUACUCUUGGUAGAUUGACCAGUCUCAGGCUUUUGUACCUUCGUUACAAUCUUCUGAGCGGGCGUAUCCCCAAGGAAAUAUUGACGCUGAACUCCCUUUUGGAGCUUACUCUGUCAUUCAACAAUCUCACAGGUGCUAUUCCGACUUCUAUCCGGUUACUGGGGAACCUAACACUUCUGGGCUUGAUGGACAACGACCUAUCAGGAUCGAUUCCUCCUGAAAUUUGUGCAAUGAAUUCUUUGUCUUUACUUUAUCUUGGUGCGAACAAGUUAACUGGUUCAAUUCCCCCUUGCAUAGUAAACAUGACCAAGCUAACUGAACUUAGCCUCUGGGGAAAUUAUCUUUCUGGUUCAAUUCCAACUUGCAUAGUGAACAUGACCAACCUAACUCUACUUAGCCUCCAGGAAAAUCAUCUUUCUGGUUCAAUCCCUCAAGAAGUGGGGAAAUUGAGAUGCCUUAUUGCCCUCACUUUGUAUGGGAAUAAUCUCAAUGGUUUCAUCCCUACAUCUGUCGGGAACUUGAGCAACCUAGUAGAACUCUCUCUCGCCUCUAAUGAUCUUUCGGGACCUAUUCCCCAGGAAGUGGGUGACUUGAGAGCUUUGACCCUUCUUGCUUUGUCCAACAAUAGUCUCAAUGGUUCGAUCCCUCCAUCAGUUGGGAACUUGGUUAAUCUGACCAUAUUGCUUCUGCAUUUCAACAAACUUUCUGGGUUCAUUCCUCGUGAACUGAAUAAUCUUACUAGUUUAGUUGAGUUUACUCUGGCUCGAAAUGAACUGACAGGACAGCUUCCAGAAAAUGUAUGCCUCGGCGGGUCACUGGAAGUCUUUACAGCAUUUGACAAUCACUUGAAUGGUCCAAUCCCAAGAAGCUUGAGGAACUGCAGCAGCUUAGUUAGGCUUUGGCUUCAAGGAAAUCGACUUAGUGGAAACAUCACGGAAGAUUUUGGUGUAUACCCCAUGUUAAAACUCAUUGACUUGAGCCUUAAUCAACUCUCUGGCGAGCUCUCUUGGACAUGGGGACUAUGUAGUAGUUUGGAGAGCUUGCGAAUAUCUGACAACCUUAUUUUUGGGGAGAUUCCCCCCACGAUUGGGAAUAUGACUCGACUGGGAGUGUUGGACUUAUCUUCGAACUACAUAACCGGAGGGAUUCCUCGUGAAUUGGGAAGACUAGUUUCAUUGAUAGAUCUUUCUCUGACUGGUAAUAAUAUCUCAGGUGACAUCCCUCAUGAGAUUGGGCUUUUCUCAAGUCUAGCAAAGCUCAACUUGGCGAGGAACAGUCUGAAUGGUCCGAUUCCCACACAAUUAGGACAAUGUAGGAAAUUAUGGUACUUGAACUUGAGCAGAAACGUGAUUCGAGGAAGUAUUCCUUCAGAGGUUGGAAAUAUUCAAUUUCUGCAGAUUCUCGAUUUAUCCAGCAACUUCUUGGAGGGAGAAAUAGCCCAGGAUCUUGGAAAGCUGACUGCAUUAGCUGACUUAAAUCUCUCUCAUAACGGCUUGUCCGGUUCCAUUCCACACAGUUUCUACGAUAUGUUGGGUCUUGCGUCUGUCGACAUAUCAUAUAAUGAAUUGGAGGGGCCACUCCCAGACAUUGAGGCCUUUCGCAGGGCUCCAUACGCAGCAAUUCAGAAUAACAAAGAUGUAUGUGGUGUCGUGGCUGGUCUAAGAGCAUGCGCUUCUUCCUCUAACAAGAAAGCCAACCCAGAGAGGGGAAAGAAGCUUGUGGUCGGAAUAACUGUGUCAGUUACAGGCACCUUUUUCCUCAUUUUUGCUUUCGGGGGGAUCUAUCUUUUGGCUAGCCGGAAAUGCAAGGAUGAAAACUGUAAUUUGAGGGAGGAACAUACUGGAGAUCCCUUUGUGGUGUGGAGCUACGAUGGAAAAUUGGUUUAUCAACAUAUCGUCGAGGCCACAGAAGGUUUCGAUCUGAAGUACCGAAUUGGAGAGGGUGGAUUUGGAGCUGUUUACAAAGCUGAGCUGUCUCCAGAUCGAGUCUUCGCAGUGAAGAAGCUACAUUCAUUAGAAGAUGGUGAGGUGAUCGGGGUUACCUCUUUGGAGAGGGAGGUAAAUUGCCUAGCAAAUAUAUCCCACCGAAACAUUGUGAAGCUCUAUGGAUACUGCCUGCAUUCAACCAAUUCAUUCUUGGUUUACGAGUUCCUCAAGAGAGGAAGCAUAAGAGAAAUCUUGGGUGAUGACGAAGCGGCGAUGGAGCUAAACUGGGUCAGGAGGGUAAAUGUUAUCAGAGGAGUGGCAAACGCAGUUGUCCUACAUGCACCACGAUUGCUUCCCUGUGUGGAUUCACCGAGACUUGACAAGCAACAAUGUUCUGUUGGAUGCUGAUUACGAGGCUCACGUUUCCGACUUCGGUAUUGCUAGGCUUCUCAAAUCAGAUUCAUCAAAUUGGACUUCUUUGGCUGGUACUCUUGGAUACAUUGCUCCAGAGCUUGCAUUCUCGCCGGUAGUCACGGAAAAAUGUGAUGUUUAUGGCUUUGGAGUGCUAGCAAUGGAAGUGAUUAUGGGAAAACAUCUGGGGGAUCUCAUCUACAUUUCUGGUCCAUCAUCUUCAUCGCCUGCAAAGAUUGGUUUGGACUUUUUACUCCAGGAUGUGCUGGACGGCCGCCUCUCGCCUCCCAUGGGUAGAGAUGCAGAGAACGUGGUGUCGAUCGCAAAACUGGCGAUUGCAUGCUUGCGAGUGGAUCCUCGGCAUCGGCCAAGCAUGAAAAGAGUCUCGCUAGAACUUCCAGUUCAAGUGCCUCUAGCAAAGCCAUUUUCUGAGGUCAGGUUGGGUGAACUGAAAAGCUUCUGCUGUUGAGCUGAACACAUGAAAGAGAUGUACUGUUAAGUAGUCACAAAAGUGAAAGCACCAUAAAACAAAUGGGAAAUUUUAGGAAGCUCCUAGAGAAUGUCCAACAU